UUGUCAACAAAAUGGCCGCAAUGAGGGCCAUAGGUGCACAGAAAGUGCUUCGAACUGCGGUCGCUUUUUGCGGAACUGGUGGGAGAUGGGGCAUUCUCAGGUGUUUUUCAGUGUCUUCCCAACAGAAGGCAUCCAUGACACCGAUUGGUUUUAUUGGUUUGGGCAACAUGGGUGGCCACAUGGCCAAGAACCUCCUGAAGCAGGGCUACCCGCUGGUUGUCCACGAUGUCUACCCUGAGGCCGUGACAGAGAUGCAGGACCUUGGGGCCUCGGUGGCUGACUCAGCGGCUGAUGUGGCCGAGAAGGUGGACCGGAUUGUCACCAUGCUACCGUCCAGUCCCAAUGUUAUAGAGGCCUACAAUAGUUCGAAUGGUAUUCUAUCAACCAUCAGGAAAGGUGCUCUUCUGAUAGACAGCAGUACCAUUGAUCCGUCCGUUGCCAAAGAAGUCGCAGCCCAAGCAGAGAAGAAGGGAGCAGUGUACAUGGACGCACCAGUGUCUGGAGGAGUGAAUGCAGCACGAGAUGCUUUGCUGACGUUCAUGGUGGGAGGCAAGGCCGAGGAGUUUGAUGCAGCCAAGGAACUGCUGCAGUGCAUGGGGAAGAAUGUGGUCAACACUGGGCCGGUGGGAACGGGACAGGCUGCUAAAAUCUGUAACAACAUGAUGCUGGGUAUCGCAAUGAUGGGCACCUCUGAAACAAUGAAUCUCGGGAUCAGGUUGGGCCUGGAGCCCAAGAUGUUGGCCCAGAUCCUGAACAGCAGCAGUGGACGCAGCUGGUCCAGCGACACCUACAACCCAGUCCCUGGGGUGAUGGAAGGGGUGCCAUCCAGCAACCAGUACAAGGGAGGAUUCAGCACGACUCUUAUGACCAAGGAUCUCGGCUUGGCCCAGAGUGCAGCCACCCACACAAAGAGUGCCACGCCCUUGGGCUCCCUAGCUCAUCAGAUCUACAGGGUCAUGUGCAGUAAGGGAUACAGCCUCAAGGAUUUCUCGUCAGUUUAUCAGUUUCUCAAGGAAGAAUGAUUGUAGAUUUCAUCUUCUGAACUCGGUAUUUAACGACAAAAUUUCCCCCCGACACACAGUGGAUUUAUUUUCUCAACCACAGUUUUCUAGGCAAUUUUCAUUGGGAAUGACCUACAACCUGCUAGAGUAUUUCAUUUAGAGUCCAUCAAAGCAACAUGUAAGAACGAAUACAAACCAGUGUAAAAUGGAGAAAAAGAACAGCCCUAUGCUUUGCUGAGGUUGUCAGUGGACCAUGGGCCUCUUAACCACAUCGCACUGAGGGCAUUUAUGAAUGUUGACGGGACAGGAUAAUUUUCAUUUGUUUCUGGUUUCAAAUUCUUUAAAUUUUCAUAUCU